CCGACGAACAGUUGGCCAGUCUGCCCCCGGAUCCCGAACAGUCAAGUGUCCCAACAAGUGAGUGCCACAGAGACGAGGAACCUGUUGAACUAUCCAAUAUCAAUAUGAACAGAUUGAUAGCGGGAGGCUGGCUGUUCGUCGGCCUUUUUCAAGCCCUCACCUCAAUACAGUACACGGGCUUCGAUCCUUCUUUUGAUCCUUCACAAUGCGCUCUCGUCCUUAAUCAGGAUUCUGAUGCAAACCUGCUCGCCGGCGUUUUCCCUUACGCUGGGACGCAGACAUGCAUCACGUACGACGCGGUCAACCAGGCCUACCUCGACGCUCGCAAACGGAUCCAAGUCACAGUACCGGAAGGGGACAAUUGGAAAACCGAAGACAUAUCAGCGGUUGGCGAACUGCUUCUAGACAUUUCAACCCAGCUUGCGAAAACGUACGGAAUGAGCCUGGACGACAUCGAAAAGGGGCUGCCCUUGAUCGACACAUCCAAGACUUUGAUACGUGAAGUCUGCCCGUCUUACCUUGCCGAUGUCCAGUGCCACGCCGGCAAGUACAGGAGACACGACGGACUCUGCAACAAUUUUGAAAAUCCCACAUGGGGUGCAACCAACACUCCGUUCACCAGACUGUUGCCACCACAGUUCGCCGACUGGAUGACUCACCCUAGGCAAUCAGUUCUCGGUUCGCAGCUUCCUCUGCCUCGUAUUGUUUCCAGGACCAUCCAUCCUGACGAAGGAUUCCACGAUCACGCGGGAACCGUCAUGGUAGUUGCUUGGGGACAGUUUAUGGAUCACGAUUUCACUCUCACAGCCACUCCGUUGGAUCGAUUUAGUAAAAAUGAACCCGAGGAAUGCUGCAACAGGCCACCUCAUCUUAAACACCCUUACUGCAUGGACAUUGUUAUUCCGGAAGACGAUUACUUCUAUAAUAAGUUUAACGUCAAAUGUCAAGAUUUUGUGAGGUCCUUCCCUGCUCCCCGACCUGGAUGCCGACUUGGCUCAAGAACCCCCUUUAACACACUGACUGGCGUCAUCGAUGGAAACACUGUGUACGGUGUAACUGAAGAAUUUGGACGCUACCUCCGUUCUGGAUACUCCGGUCUGCUCAGGAUGAACCCUGUAUUUUCUGAAUUCGGGCUAAAAGAUUUGCUUCCUCUUAAACUCGAUUAUCCAGAUGAAGGCUGUACUAGAGCCAACAGCACAGAAUACUGUUUUGAAGCAGGGGAAAUUCGUGUUAAUGAACAGCUUGUUCUUGCAUGCAUGCAUACACUUAUGGCAAGAGAGCACAACCGGCUUGCUCGUGAAUUGGCUAAAAUAAAUCCCCACUGGGAUGACGAAACUCUCUAUCAAGAAGCCAGAAGAAUAGUUAUCGCCCAAAUCCAGCAUAUUACCUACAAUGAAUUUUUACCUAUCAUCCUUGGAAAGGAAGUCAUGGAAAAAUUUGGUCUCAUUACUGAGAAAGAAGGAUAUUGGGAUGGAUAUGAUCCGACUGUAAAUCCUAACAUUAUUGAUGCAUUUAGUGCUGCAGCUUUCCGUUUCGGUCAUUCACUCCUUCCAACAGCAGUUGAGAGAUGGAGCAAGGCGCAUAAAUUUAUUGCUUCCAAAAGGUUGUCAGAAUUAAUUCGCAGGCCGUAUGAUCUGUAUCGUGCUGGUGUCAUGGAUGAAUAUUUAAUGGGAUUGAUGAAUCAAGUCGCCCAAGCCAUGGACGAUUCCAUCACACAAGAGGUGACCAACCAUUUAUUUAAAAAACAAGGAGCUAGAUUUGGACUUGAUCUUGUCGCAUUCAACAUGCAAAGAGGAAGGGAAUUUGGAGUUCCAGGAUACAUGCAGUUUAGAAAAUUCUGCGGGCUUCCUGUAUCAGAAGAUUUUCUUGAUUUAUUCGGAACUAUGCCAAACACAACAGUUCAGAGGUACAUGCAGAUAUUCCAGCACACAAUGGAUGUCGAUUUGUGGUCAGGAGGUGUGUCUGAAAAGCCACUACCUGGCAGCAUGAUUGGGCCAACUUUUGCUUGCAUAAUUGCCACACAGAUGAGCUACCUUAGGAGAGGAGACCGAUUCUGGUAUGAAUUACCAAACCAGCCGUCAUCAUUUACACCUGAACAACUGCAAGAAAUCAGGAAGACCAAGCUAUCAAAGAUAAUCUGUGACAAUACUGACCUCAUCGAUACUAUUCAAGUUUAUCCCAUGGUGCUUCCAGACUACGAAAUCAAUCCUAGAGUGCCGUGCAGAAGUGGAAUCCUUCCUACAAUAGACCUCACUAAAUGGGCUGAUUAUGAUGUUAAUCAAGAUGUAAGUCACACUUACAUCCUCGGAAAGUAAACACAUAUAAUUUAGUCUGACUAUUGGAUGUAAAUAUUGAAAAACGAGGAAGAAAACAUCCCUUUGUAAUUCAUUUAGAGACAAAAGUGGCAUAAUUAUUUUUAUAAAUAACACAUUUUAGUGAUUGGAUUGUAUAAACUUUGUUGUUAUCAGUGUACAUAACAAGUUUGAAACGGCGUGAACUUUGCUUUUUCCAAAAAGUUAUCGCACCAUAAAAGAUUGUACAGAAAAUUUAAAAAUCAAAAAUUGCGCUGUAUAUAGUAAACAGUGUAAUCAAACGUGUAAAUCAAUGGUAUUUACCUAAAAUUGUAUUAUAAUUAAAGCAAACAAUUUUUUUUCUUCGAGUGUUUGUGGACAAAACAAUUUAUU